CCGAAAUCCCUCAAUACGCCUGUCGGACCUUCCUAAACAACGGUCUUGAUACCUGAAGAGCCCGAAGAGCCUAAACCUUGACUAGGAAUUAAUCUCGGUGAGGUUAGGAGCGUUCCCCCGUGAAGGGCGGCAGCUCUUUCUGUUGCAGGGCCACUUAUAAAAACCCCCGGGCUGGUCGACGCUCCAUUCUCAUGAAAAGCGGUAUACUUACAAUAUUUCAUCAAGAGGGUUAUAGUCAAGGUUCUCUAGCAAUGUUUUACACAAGAGUCGUUUCUGCAGCUGUCGCUGCCUUCUAUGGCUGCGUGGCGGCAGCUGACUGCCCGCUGUCCAUUGCCGUAUUGGAUACCGCAGACCAUGUUGCCUACAUCACCGUUACCAACACUGGGAGCGAGCCCGUCACGGUCUUCACGGGCAACACUGUAUUGAGCGAGCAUCAAACACGCGAUGUCAUUGUCCACGAUGGGUCCGGCGAUGACCUUCCGUUCGGUGGCAUAUACGUCAACUACAGGCGCACUGGUCUUUCCGCGUCCAUGUUCCGGACUUUCCAGCCAGGCGAGACUGUGACCAGACCAGUUGACGUAUCCGGCAUAUACGACCUGACUGGCAUACUGACCGCAAAUGUGGCCGCUGUCCAAAGCUUUAGGUAUAUUGUGGGUGACGAUGCGCCCACCGCACUGGCGGAGAUGCUGUCUUGCCCGCCGACCAUCUCGAACUUCCGCGCCAUAACCCCCAACUUGAGGAAGCUUGCCUCAAGGCAUGUCGAAGCACGCACCAGGCGCGCUUCUGGAAUUGAAAUCCAGAAGCGCGACGUAGCCUUCUCGUCCUGCCCCUCGUCAAAUAUCACAGCGUUGAAAAAUAGUGUUGGCCACGCUAUCUCCAUGGCCACCGCCGCAAAAACUGCAGCAGGGUCUGAGACGGACUACUGGCUUACAUGGUUUAAAAAUGCGGGCCAGCAGACAAACACGGAAACCAUCUACGGUAGUAUCGCUAACAUACAAACAUCUGGCGUGACUAUAUCGUGCGACCAGUCACAAUGUCCAGAGGAUGUGUACGCUUACGCCUCGCCCUCCACGAAGACAAUCGUGCCAUGCAGUUAUUAUUGGGACUCCCCAGAGUUAGCGUCGAAUUGUGCUGGUGACGACAGUGAUCGUGCGGGGACGAUGCUGCACGAGAUGUCGCAUAUUUUCGGCACCUACGACUAUGCAUAUGGGCGAGAUGCCUGUCUUCAAUUGAACGCAACGAGUGCAGCGAACAAUGCGGAUACAUAUGAGAUGUAUGCAGAUGGUGUGAGGCUAGGUGGAUGUAAGAGGAGGGCCUAA